AUGUCGCCUUACACCAGCACCGGCGGUGGGCGUGCCCCCAACGUGUCUCGCUACCUGCGCGACCUCAAUACCGUCAAGGAGCCCGCCGCUGGCGAGGAGAACUUCACCUUCGAGGACGACCUCGCCAUUUUCACCAACACUCAGUUCUUCGACUUCGAAACCGGCCAGCACACCGAUUACCAGGCAUCGGCCAAGAAGCCCGAAACCGUCGAGCCCCAGGCUCCCUCUAGCGCCGUUACCGAAGAAUUGACCUCGCCCAUCGGAGAUUUCAACGUCGACUUUUCCAUGCCAGGCGAAUUCAACUUCCACGAUUUUACCAACCCCUACCCUGCCUCGGGCGUUCCGCCCUUCGCCGAAGGCCUGGGUAACCUUCAACCCCUCCAGCCCAACCCUCAAUCCACCUACGCGGCUCCUCCUGUCUCUCAGCAGCAGAACCACCACUAUGGCGCCCCUACACCGAGGGCCACCGAGACCAGAACCCCUGAGUCUUUGAACGGCGUUAGCAGACCCGGCCACAGCUUCGAGGAGCAGUCCCGCGUCGCUGCCGAGGAAGACAAGCGCAGGAGAAACACGGCCGCCUCUGCCAGGUUCCGCAUCAAGAAGAAGCAGCGCGAACAGGCCCUCGAGAAGAGCGCCAAGGAGAUGUCCGACAAGGUCUCCGCUCUCGAGCAGCGCAUCAACCUCCUCGAGACCGAGAACCGCUGGCUAAAGAACCUCGUCAUGGAGAAGAACGAGGGCAACGAAGACAUCGCUUCCAUGCUCAAAGAGUUCCAGAACAAGCAACCAAAGUCGACUGCGGCAUCUUCAGGCUCUGUAAAGGCGGAGGAGGCAAAGUAG